GUCAACUAGUCAAGUAGAGUGAAUUCUUUUGAUUUUUUAAAUGUCAGCUCACUGACAGAUAAAUUGACAGCCGUCAAUUGACCGAUACCCUUGGAGAGUUUAUCUCCAAUUGCUCAAUUAAUUAUCAAUUAGUAUAUACACUACGAAGAGUUUCCAACUUGCCAAAGAAAAAUAAUGAGAAUUAAAACGUCAGAGCAUAGUUGCGGUAGUAGAACAUAACCUCUCGUGCCCCAAUGAUCGUGCGCUUCGAACAUAGUGACAGAAUUACCGUAAGGUUCAGUGACGCCAAUUGACUUCGGAUUCACAGACAUGAUUAAAGCGAUCCUGGUCUUUAAUAAUCAUGGGAAACCUCGUCUCUCCAAGUUUUAUCAGUACUUUAACGAAGAUAUGCAGCAGCAGAUAAUAAAAGAGACAUUUCAGCUUGUCUCGAAGAGAGACGACAACGUGUGCAAUUUCUUGGAGGGUGGUAGCCUGAUUGGCGGAUCUGACUACAAGCUGAUCUACCGACACUAUGCAACGCUUUACUUUGUAUUCUGCGUCGAUAGCUCAGAAUCAGAGCUGGGAAUCCUAGACCUAAUACAAGUCUUCGUUGAAACUUUAGACAAAUGCUUUGAGAAUGUGUGCGAGCUUGAUCUUAUUUUUCAUGUGGAUAAAGUUCAUUACAUACUUAAUGAGUUGGUGAUGGGUGGUAUGGUUCUCGAGACUAACAUGACUGAGAUUCUCACGAGGAUUGAGGAUCAGAAUAAGUUGGAAAAACAAGAGGCGGGAAUCACAGCAGCGCCCGCGCGUGCUGUCUCAGCGGUGAAGAACAUGAAUAUACCGCAACAAAUAAAGGAUAUGAAACUGCCUGACUUGCCGCAAGCUAUAAAAGACCUCAAAUUCUGACCAGCCGUCACAUCGUUGGCACCCAGCUGACUAGUCUCUUCUGUCAUCCCGAAUGUAACUGACACCACCGUCGCACCGAGGACACUUUUCCCCUCCCUUCAAGCAAGCGAGAAUGCACCAAUGCUGCCUGCUACCUCUGCGUAUAUCUCGUCUCAACGAUAUCAGAGUUAAAGAUCAUGGAUGAAGAUCAUUAUCUUUUUUGAGUCACGGUUCUUCCGGUAAGAAAAUACGAACUACGAGAGAAACUAAUUUCGAGGAAUUUCUAAACAAGAAAAGAAAUCGAAGA